CGCUCCUAGUACCACUGUAGUUUACCAAGUGAGAAUUUCUGACGUUCACUUUCCUUUUCUCAGAUACCAUAACGAUACCCUCCAAACGGUUCUUCCGUUGCCCUCUUUGCAGUAACGAAAUAUGACGAACUUGGACGAACGACCUAAUCGUAUACAUUCACUACAUCCCAGAACUACCAUCGAGACAGGAAGUAUUCAACAAAAUUGGUGGACAACAUCUGGAGGCUCCACAUUUAUACCUCCCGGCACAGAAAAUCCAACUUCGACUUCCUCGUCGCAUUUGGGUCCCCCAUCUAGUGCAGGAACGCCUGGAACCGGAGUAGGAGGAAUAUUUACCACAACAUUCACCACCGCCAUCCCAGUUUCGCUAUUCACAUCUGCAUCUUCCACGAUUACCUUGUUUUCACAGUCUAUUGUAACAUCGGUUACAUCUUUACCUCCCCCUUCGACAACUUCUGGCGCGUCUUCGUCGUCUACGACUGGUACAUCGCUCCCGGAUACCGGUCAAGUUCAAAGCCAUACCCCAGUUUGCAUUGGAGGAGGUCUGGACGCGCAAUCAGACGGUUUGAUAGCGUCUCUCAUCGUUCCCGGUGCCAUCGGUUUACUUAUUUGGCUCUUAUUUGCCAUUUUACGACCGCGUUUCAGACAGAUUUAUGCGGUCAGGGAGUGGUUUGUUCAACAAGAUCUACGACCGAAACCACUCGGUUCCGGGUUCUUUGCCUGGCUUUCCCCCCAUGUUCCUCUCGUACCCGACCUAGCAGAUGAUGAUGACGUGAAGAAAUUUGGUCGCUCCGUCACGGACGACAAAGAACAUUUUCCGUCCGACGGCCAACUUAGCCAACGCGCUCUUUGGAUUGCAUUUCUGAUUGUUUUGGGAUGGACUGUUCUUGGAUUAGGCGGAGCACUCCCACUAUACCUUAUCGAAACGACUUGUCUCGCGCAGCAACCGAGCACGGCCGUGUUUGGAGGUUCAUAUUCUGCCCUACAAGACCUCAGUCUGUUGCGAUUGUUACAAGAACUCGAUCGUGGGAGCAUUAGCACCACGAACCUCAUGACUACCUCUGACAAUCAUAUCCUCACCAAACGUGCUGAUAAUUCCUCCGACCCGUUGAACAUCCGACCGCGAAUCAUCGUGUUGACAGUAUUCGUUGCGGUUCUUGCCUUGCUUCCUGCGUUGUUCAAGAUCACGAAAGAAUUUAACAAACUCGCUGCAUAUCGAAAAAGGUGGCUGGAGGGAAAAUGUCAAGGGAAGGAUUUAGCAUGGCUUAGCGCGAAGGAUGCACCUGGUUUUUCAGGUUGGGGCGAGAAACGACUGAAAGAUUUCGUGUUGAAGUCAGGGUUGAGCUCUUCUCUGGAAAAUGACAGUCGACAAGGCACCAUGCGUUCGCGCUCACGCGGUCAUGGGAAUGGGAAUGGUAGCAGCUCGAGAUCUGAUCGCAGGAGAGAAAAUAUGGAACUGCUGGAUGAUAAGGAGAAGUCGAAGUUGGAGGUCGAUAUCAACGGAAUAUUCUCUGUUUGUGAUACCCAGGCCCUUGCUGUACUCAUAGAAGAACGUGAUGAGAUACUUGAAAAUUUGGAAAUUGCCGAAACGAAAUACAUCAAUUCCUUCAAACUUUCGACUCCAGAACCCUCAUUGAAUGAUGCUGAGCCUUUUCCGCCUCCAGAUGAUUCGCGCCCAUACAUCAGCCGACCCAAGAAAUUCGGUCACCGACGAAUGCGUUCAAAGAACCCAGCUCCCGCAGCAUCAUCCCUUGCACCUACUUCAUUCGUAGCACCUUCUCACUACUACAAGAUUGGUGGCGUUUCCGGCGUCAGCGGAGGUCAUUUUACGGAUACUUCUUAUGAAAAGGGUAGAGAGAGAAGCCUCAGCUUCUCGGAUACGUUUCAUUCAAGGAUCAUCGGCUCUCGAUUUCAAGAACUUAACCGAGACUCCGCUCAUUCAGGACAAUUCCCGCUCGGUAGUGCUCUCCAUGUGCGACAGGGAACACUAGAGUUGCUAGGCAAGGACUCCGAAUCUGUGAGCUCCUUUCCAAUCCCUGAUCCUCGCAGAUAUGGACCAAACUAUGCCGAAUCUGCCGAUGGUGGAUUGAACACCUUGGAGGAGGAAGAAUGGGUUGACGUUUCUAGGGAAGGGACACCGGAUGAAAUCAUGCAAAGUGCAGUAAAUGGUACUGGUUCUGCUGGGCCAUCCUUCAGGAGACGGUCUUUCAGAAUGGGCUCGGAGUCGCAGUCUAAACGCGAAACCUUCCCUUUUCGCAAAACAGUCGGACCCGAAUCCCCUGACGAUGUUCCACCCCCUCACUUGCGAUUACAACACUCUCAACCCUUUGUGCGCCCCCUGGAUGGGAUUAGCUAUGAUCAUUUGGGGGUGAUCUAUUCGGACAUUGCUGUGUGGCGAACGAAGCUCAAACAGAUCAAUGUCGACAUUAUCGACGCUCAAAGAGAAUGUUACAAUGAUAUUGCAGAGGGUGUGAGGAUCAAGGGGUGGUUGUUUGUUGGGCAGGGCUUGAGGCACAUACCCAAGAUGCAGGUAAUUGAGGGACGCAGUAAAGAUGACGUGCGGUGGGACAUCUUACAAAACGAGCGGACCAUGUUGGAUCAUUGCGUUUAUUAUGCAGUUGUCCUUGUGGCUACUGUUUUACUGGCUGCUGGAUUGACUGCUGCUUCGGGCCUUGCGUUGGCUACAGCCCCUGAUUUUUCUCAUUACCUCCCGUUCUUACAAACACUGUGGAGUGAGAAUAGGCUAGCAGCUGGCAUUGUGACGGUGUUCGUUCCAGCAUUUGCGAUUUCCCUCUUCGUCUAUAUUGGGCUUCGUGUCGUUCUGUGGGCGUCUGAAAUACGAGCAACGAUAUCUGUGUCCGCGGGUCAACUCCAAAAGUUCAAAGCAACCUUCUAUUUCCUCGCCAUUGUAUCUGCAUUAUGGCUGGUCACAGUUGGUGCUCUUCUCUUCGGCAUCCAGGCAUUUAGUAACAACAACGACCCCGCACGAGCUGUGGCGAACGGUUCGAUCUACAUGAGCGCAGUCGUAAUGGCUGUUGUGGUUCAAGUGGCUAUCAUCCUCCCCGGAAUUCUCAUUUUACAGCCUGUGACACUGUGGCGUGUCACUCGACUGGAGAAAUACGUAAUUACCCCUCGACAACGAUUCCGAGCCGUGUACCCACGAACCUACCAGCCCGAUUCGUUUACUGCGACCGGCGCCUGCAUUCUUGCCAUUGUGUUUGCGUCAGCGUUUACUUUGAUUUUCCCGCUUAUUGGACCUGCUGUUGUAAUAUUAUUGCUACUAACGCUCAUCGCUCACCGAUUCUUAAUUGGAUAUGUAUACGCACCUAACGCUAGCACCGGCGGGCUACUCCAAAUCUGGCUUUUACGUCGUUUAGGGACGCUUCUAGCUCUCCAACCCUUACUCGUGGGACUCAUCUUCUUGAGCCGUCGAUUAUGGAUCGAAGGUGGGGUGUUGGCUGGGGUAGCUGUGUUUGUGGUCAUCUUCAUUGAGAUCUUCACGAGUAUUCGGAUGUCGGAUCGGAAGACUCUGAGCAAUAUCACUAAGGACUCUGUGGAGACAUUCUUUUCGACCGCUAGAACUAAACGAGCAAUUAUGGAAGAUGAGGAGAGUACAAGUUUGGUGGGCAGUCGGUCUGGUGUAACUAGACCUCGUGGGUCAAUGGCGUCUGUACUGGAGAUGAUGAGUUUGACUUUGGCUGUUAUGCCAUCUACUUCACGUACAAGAGGACCGAUACCGCUGAAUACGGAAUCUUUGGAUGACUUGUUACGAACGGAGCGAGCAGCACAAACACACCCUGAUGCUCCACCGCACCUGCCAGCAUUACCUUUUGCCGACCAUGCAGAAGAGAUGGCCGGAAUUCUGUACGCUCCUGAGUUGAUUGCUCCACCGCCGAUAAUCUGGCUGCCUAACGACACGCCUGGAGUUGGCCGUUCAGAGGCGUUGGAUUUGCAGAAGUACCAUGAUCUGAAGGUUACUCUGGAUAUUGGCCCGGGAGGGACGCCCUCGCCAGUUUUUUCAUAGAACGUUAUCGUCGAAGUCCAGAGACCACUCGAUCAUGAGAGCCUUGUAUUGAAAUGAAAUGGACACUGUGAAUUUGUUUAUCCCGUGCAUAGUGGAGUGUGAAUAUUCCCCCUGGUUACUUUUGGCGGUCGCUGUGCAGUGGGCCCACAGCGACCCUGGCAGUCUGGCCGUUUGUGCCACAUAUCCGGUUAUUUCGUGGUAAUCAACAAUCAACUCUCGAAUGGUUCUUCUUCACUGUUCACAAUACUAGAACUUGCGGGUUCGGGACAUGGGAAAAUGACUAGGAAGGACAAUGGAGGUGGAGACUCGCUUACGGGUGGAGUCAUUAUUACACCACUCGUCCAUAUGAUCCGGCGUAAACAUCAAAAAAAGACUAUAAAGCUCCUUGUUCGUU